AUGCCAACAUCACAACUUCUCGCAGAGUUCCCGGAACUGUCCCAUCUAUCCCGAGAGGACCUAGAAGAUCUGCUGGUUGAUCAGCCUUAUUUUCAAGCAAUCUUUCACAAUCUCAACCGGGUGAAGGCAUUGUAUCAGGCCCAGGCUGAACUCUCCGCUGCUAAUGAGUCUAUCGCCAAACAGAACCUAGCAGUUCAGGAUGAACUUUACAAGCUUAGGCAGGAGACUCAAAGCGCUUUUGAUGAGGCCAAGUCACUAGAAGCAAGAUGGGCGGAACUGCAGCGCGAACAGAAAGAGGUCUAUCAGCGAUUCACACCACAAUUCCUGCUCAUGCGCCUACGGCACGCCACUACGCAACUAGACGACGCCUCUGAAGCUGUAGCCUCCUCCUUCGUUCGCUCAUCGCCAUCAGAGGCUCCGACCUCGACACCAGUUAACGGUAAUGGUAAGGAUGUGGAUGAAUUUAUUAAUCAGUUCAGAGAGAUGCGCAAGACGUAUCACAAGCGUGUUAUGUGGGGUGACCGAUGGUCUGCAGGAGAGGUCGCUUGGCGAGAUGAUUGA